AAACCCAACCCGCCCCGCCCCGCUCGCCGGGCGCGCUGACGUCACCGCCCCCGCCGCCGCGUACGCUGACGUCACCGCCCUCCGCCGCCGUGCGACGUGGCCUUCGCCCAGCAGCGGGAGCGGUAAUCAUGGAUCAGGUAAUGCAAUUCGUGGAACCCAGCCGUCAGUUUGUAAAAGACUCCAUACGACUUGUUAAAAGAUGCACCAAGCCUGACAGGAAAGAGUUCCAGAAGAUUGCCAUGGCAACAGCAAUAGGCUUUGCGAUAAUGGGAUUUAUUGGUUUCUUUGUCAAAUUGAUCCAUAUCCCAAUCAACAAUAUCAUUGUAGGCGGCUGAAUAUUCAUCAUGAAGAACAAGGUGUUGUGACACUUGCUGCAAAGAUUUCACAGCUUUAACUUGUUUGCUAUUAAACGAGCUCAGUUUGGGUUUUCAAA